AUGAUGCAAAGGCUUUCCUUUGUGCUGUUGGUUGUGCUUGGGUUGAUUCAACUGUUGUUGCUCACCACCACCACCACCACCACUCUUGCAAUGACCACCAUGAAGAUCCGAUCAUCUUCAUCAUCACCAACAUUUCCAAUUUAUCCCUUCAUUCGUCCUCUCACUCUCUCCGAUAAAGGCAAUGAUGUUUUCCUCUUGCAAUUAUUUUUACAGAGAGACUCGUAUUGUCAAUCCCGAUAUGGACAUGCAACUGAGGGUUUUAUGAGUGGAAUCUUCUCUAAUCAAACACUGGAUUGUUUGAUUCAAUUUAUGGCCUCUCAUCAUUUAUUCCCAUUGAAACCAGAAUUAACUCCAGAAACUGCAAUGGAAUUACUUUCACUCUAUUCCUAUGAUGGUUAUCGAGAUGAAUAUGUGAAGUUCAAUUCAAAAAUGAAUCAGAAUGGUGGUGGUAAAUGGAUGAAUUCAACUCUUCAAUUACCAUCUCCAUACAAGUAUUAUGUUCAUGUUCCAGUGUAUGCAAAUCGAAGCAUUGAAACAACUUGUUCACUUUUUGAUAAGAAUGGAAAUAAGAGACAUUUCUUUACAUGUCGAACACAUGGACAACAAACAUUUAAUGAAUUUACAAGCGAUGGUAACACACCUACUGGAUUAUAUACAUUUGAUUUAAAUACACCUGAAGAUGAUCCAAAAGAAUAUGGCCCCUAUGAUGUCAAUAGAGCUGUUUAUGGACUAAAAGGAAACGCUUUCUAUAUUUAUCCAAAGAUUCGAAGUGGAAUUUUAUUACAUACUGGUGAAUGGCCAAGUUAUAAUCCAAUGCCUAAUAGUCAUGGUUGUAUUCAUGCUAAACCUCAAGAUAUUGAAAGAAUUGCUCAUAUUUUAAAGAAUGAUUUGGGAGUGGUGGCACAUCAGAAUUUAUUUGGAAAGUACCCUUAUCCAUUCCAACAACAAGGUUUGCUGAGUGUGGUGCAAUACAAGGAUGAUGAUGGUAAAUGGUAA